AUGAGCAAGCAACGGCCGCAUGAUGGCGAGACAGAGGAAGGUCCAAACCGCGACGAAAGAGCGUCGCCUUCUGGCCAGCAAUAUCAACCUUUCCGGCAGGAACCCCCUCAGCAGCCAUCGUCAUCAGCAGCGCCAUCGUCCUCGUCAUCACUGCCGUCAGCAACAUCGUCAUUUACUUCAUCGUCGGUGCAAAGGCGACUGGAUGGCGGAGGAGUGGGACUUGCAGGGGGACCGCCAAGAUUACCACCGCUAUCGCAGCUACCUGCAACGCCGCCAUUGACCUCUUCCAGAGGUGGCGAUCGACCAGUCUACCAACGAGGACAUUCCAGUUUCGACCAGCAACGGCCAUCGACAUCAUCGCACCUUUGGACAGAAGCUUCGAGAAUACACAAUGUGACUCACGAUGACACUGGUCCUACCCCAACCGCCAGCCCUUAUCCUCGGCCAGCAUCUGCGACAACGUCUACCUUUGCAAAUGUGGGACUGCCUGCUACGCCACUCGACCUGCAGCGCUCCUCAGGCCGUCUGGGCGAGACGUCCAGCUCACGGGCAAGAGCUGGUAGUACCUCGUCAACGUCUGCCAAUGCUCGAAGACUCGACCUGCAGCGUUCGCCGCCUAACACGCCCGGUCGGGGCGCAUCGCCAGGCACGUCAACGACCCUCAAUGUGCACAUGCCGCGCAGGAGAGCAUCGAGGGCUGACCAGCACCAGUCGACAUACAUCGUCUCGCCGGACAGCGCCGCCUCGACAGCAAGGGGAAGGACAGCAUCCAUCUCCAAUACACCUGGGUAUGGGCUACUGUCGCUCUCGACGACGAGUGCUGGUGCUGGCUUAGAUGCAGGGUCGUCGUCGUUAACCAUCGCGCCCUCUGGCGCUUCUUCAUCCGCAUCGGUUCUUGCGACAGGCAUGCCAACAACAAGCGGAGGCCAAGCGGGAGCAACGACAACGACCUCUGCAGGAUCGUUAGGAGAAAGGUCCAGCGCAUCCGGAAUGGGAGGUGGAGCACCAACAUCGGAAGCAAGUGGAAGCGCGACCAGCAACCGGUCGGAUGCGCCCAGGCACUCCAUCGAAGGCUUUUCGCGGGUCAGGGAUGGCUGGCGCUAUAAGCUCGUGGUCGUGCAGCACCCAUCGAGGGCGAGGAUGUGUGGGUUCGGGGAUAAGGACCGCCGGCCGCUGAGCCCAACUCUCAUCGUGCGACUCAUCAUUACGGAUGAGAAGAGCGGCAAAGAGGUGUCGCCCUGGGAGGUCAACACUUCGCUUUUUCUCCUCGCUUCGGACCUCUGUCAUCCCGACGAACUCAUGGCCUCACCCAGGAAUGUUCUUGUGCACCAACACGCGGCCGCUGUGCCCUCUUCGUUGAUUCAGCAGGCACAGGCUUCGCAGCAGCUACAUCAACAGCAACAUCAACAGCAACAGCAACAGCAACAGCAACAGCAACAGCAACAGCAACAGCAGCAAGGCGGCGUUGCCACAUCGAGCAGCAGUACCAGUAGCAGCAGCACCACACUUCCUCAUUUGGCCAAUCUCGACCUGGGCGCGGAAGGCUACGAGCCAGUCUUUGUAGGCGGUGAGCAGCGCGACGAAAUUCCGACCUCGGCCUCGCCAAUAGCACAGGUGGGGGUCGAGAGCCAAGAUUCUUUGACGACAGUGACAACGGAACACUAUACGCGAAAUCUUGUGGGAGCCGCAGUGACGAGCGCCAAUGUGCUCAAGGACGAGCAAGACGUCUUUCGCAUCUUUUUCGUCCUUCAGGAUCUUAGCGUUAGGACUGAGGGCAUAUACAGAAUCAGACUUCUAUUCACGGCAUUGGCAAGCAGCGACGGUCACACAAAUGAAGGCGUAUCAGACGCCCUCGCUGAGGCGUACACGGAACCAUUCACCGUCUAUUCCCCGCGUCGGUUUCCGGGUAUGCUGGAUCCAACGGAGCUCUCCAAAAAGUUAGCGUCUCAAGGAAUCAAAAUUGCCGUCCGAAGCGACAAAAAGAAGCGGAGGAGGGAUUCAUCUGGAAACGCUGUACCUGGCGAAGACGUCGAAGACGAUGAAGAGGAUUAA